AUGGCCGCGAGGAAUUACGAUAAUGUUCCACCACAUGCGAAUAACACUGUUACCAUAUCCACAACACCGCAGGUGCGGCUUGCUUCCACUGGACAGAUGCGGCCGAUUUCGAUGCCGAUGCGACCACAGCCAGUGCCGAUUCGCAAAGUUCACCAUGAUGGCAAUAUGGCUGCGAGCACAUCGACAGCCUAUUCAACAAUGCACACAACGAACAUCAAAGAAGAGCCGGAUAAUUUGGAUUUUCAAACGGCGAGCUCCAGUGGAGCAUUAUUAGCGGGACCAUCGGGUUCGACGAUCAACUCAUUUCAGCAAUAUCAACGCGGAACUGCGGCGCAGACUACCUCUAAUUUGCAUAAUAACGGAGUAUCGUCUUCGGGAACUGCUAUGGAUCAGCCUGCGCCUGUUAAUUUAGCCAGUAAGGUCGCUGAAGUGUUUUUAACCGCUGGUCACGCCUUCCAAAAGCUUGGUGAUCUAACCCUUCAACUUCACACCACUACGGAUUCUGACGAAAGUAAAUGGUCCGAUAAGGAAGUUGAUAGUUUACGCGACGCAUUGACGAGAUUCGCGCACGAACUUGACCAGAUUAGCUCGUGUGUUGCGAGCCGCACAACAAAACAUAUUAAGAAUGAUAUUAAACGGAGACAUUUAAUAGAUGAAUCGAAUCAGCAAGUCAAGCGAAUGGCUAUGGGAGCUGGAGGAUCUGGAAUGGGAGGAACUGCCACGUAUACUACCAUAGGCUCUACUAUAAAUUCACCGAGUGGCAUCGGCAGCAUCCACGCUGUUCCUCUUGCUCAAAAGCGAGUUGCCAUUCAGCCAACUGGAAAAGUCGUCGCUACAAGAGCGGUAAUCCCUUCUCGCUAUACUAUCAAUACCGGAUCAACGUCGAAUCAGAACGGAUCGUCGUCGGGAAUGCCGCUACUUCAGCAGCAGACGACUCAUACACUGACAGCUCAACCAUCUGGAUCACAAGGUCGGCUAACAGCUCGUGUCGCUGUUCAACCAGGUACCGUUAUCGGUGUCGGACCACCGAAACGUGUACUUCCGCCGAAGCCGGCGAGCGGUGCCUUGGUUUAUGAAGCAAAUGAAUGA